GGGAGGCGGGGGGUGAGAACUUCCAUAUUAAAAGCAUUAUAAGGAGCAGAGUUUUCACUCCCACCACCCUCAUGAAAAAUGUACAGCGGCAUAUUCAUUACUUCAUUGAGCUAAGUGAGUGUGACAAGCGGAGAGCUGCAGCAACCGAGGGCAUGGAAGCAGCACUACAAAGGAGCCUUCGGCCGCUCUCUGAGGACAUGGCCAUUCCCGCCACUCGCGGGGGCUUCGUCUUUGCACUCUGUUUGUAUUCAUACAAACGGUCGAGGGUGCCGCGCACAGAAUGCAAGAGACAGAGUUCACUGAGGCCAAUUUGUCCUCUAAUCUAACGCGUGCUUAGUCAUUGGGGCGCUGAUCAAUUCACUGCCUUUUCAGUGUGACGAAUGUGACCCAUGAGCUAUGACUUUAGACCCUUACGCUGUAAAUGUGAUCAUCCAUUUGCAUCGGUUUACGAGACAUAUGGAUAUAAUCCUAGAAGAACAUAGAUUCUUUUUUUGUGAACCGGAUUAGAGGCCAUAUCAUGCUUACAAAGGGACAGAUUCAUAUGUGUGUGACCUUUAUGAGAUCUCCAAAGAUAUCCGAAGACGCCUAAUGCAUCAAAGCUAUUUACCAAAAUGGCAUGAACAAUUGCAAACAAUUAUAUCUGUCAUCUGUAAUUUCUUAAAGUGCUGAUUGCAAUGAAGUAUUCCGUCCACAUUUGUCCUCUGUACUCUUAGACGAUCCCCUCCCCGCGCCCCGUGGUCGUGACUCGCCCCCGGGCCUGCCCGUCUGUUCCCUCGGUGUCAUCUCAGGUCACCUUCAACCCUCUGAUUACCAAAAAAAAAAUAGUAAUUCAGCCACAACACUACAGGUGUGACUUUACUUUGAUGACCCCUCUGCAGCAACAACAUGCCUCUUUCUGCAGAGCAACAGUUUCCCCCAGAUGGACAAACAAAUGAAUGGCUGCUGCACUGUAGCACGGCCCCUAUCACCAUGGGCAAAAUGUGGGAUGUGGGAUUUAAAUCAUUUCUGAGACCGUGGAGGAGUCUAGAGAAUGGAAGAGAAGCUGACUAAUAACACGGGAUCCAGUAACACGGGCGGCUCCGAUGGUAAUGACUCCUCACUCCGGAAAUACCUCAUUCCCUGCAAAAAAAUGCAGUCAUCCGAGGCUGGUAUUCAAAUUCAAAACUACACACAAAAAAAUAAGAAAAACACUUGAAAUAAUUGGUACACAAAGCAUUGCAUAUAUGUUAUGUUGUGUUGUGAGGAAUUAACCGAUAUCCGAAUAAUGAAUUGUCUCCAAAAGCAAUAAAUCUUUUGAACCCCUGCACCUAUUUAUUAACCUUAUUUGUGAGAAAUGUGUGAAUGUAAAAUGUGCUCGGACCUCAUUAGACAUAAGAUUGAUGCAAAUGGUUUGCUUUGUUUUUCUCCAUUUUAUCUGGAGCGCUCACAUAAGAUCUCACAAGUGUCAUUCGUGCUUCUCCAUUUGUGGAGGAAUAUUGUGUGAGAGUCGGGCAUAUUCACCACACAGUUAUCAGAAUAACUCUAAUUAGGCUAUUUUUAACACAUCCUUUUAAACUGCUCUUGGGUGUUUACAUUUGCUAAUGACAGCCUGAGCAAAAAUCAUCUAUCAGCAAGCAUCAUCGUCAUCGCCACUGACACGUUAACAUGGAUCCUCUCCCAAGGAAAACGCCACCUUCCCAUGCUGCUUCCCGUAGUUAUGUAAAAGCACGCACACGCAUGUGCAUCUAAACAGUACAUUUAUGUGAAAUGUUUACAUUUGCACAUUGCACUACAGACAACCCAAGCAAAAUAAUUAAUAGGCACCGAAGCAUUUUUGCUCCAGUAAAUACAAGACAGCUCUUUCAAGCCAGUGCAUUCGCCAGAUUACACCGGUUGUAAAAACUACUUUACAUUUCUGUCAUUUAUAUUUCAAUUUAGUUUACCGUCAACUUGAAAAAACAGUCGAAUAACUCCACUCCCGGUUGUUGUUUAGUCGGCAAGCAAAGAACAUGAAUCACUUCAAUAUUUUUUUAGGGACAUCAAAUUUGCCUGAGGUAUUCAGCAUUGGCUUUAUGGUGACCUUGUUAUGCUACCAUGGUAUUUUUAAUCUUGUAAGUUAUCAUCAUAAUAUUGCAACGGGGACUUUUGCGGUGAUAUUUGUGGAGGGUCAUUUAAUUCAUGGAGGGGGAGCAUUCACAGGGCUGUUUUUAGCGUCUAAUAACACAGGCUCUGUGGCUCCAUCUCGUGGUCUUUCGGAGGAAAAGCAGAUAACUGCCACCUUUUAUAGCAACGGUUGUUUGCUUCUUUCAGAAAAUAAACCAUUCACAGCGCAUCACGGGAUGUAAUGUAGUAUUCUCUCGGGAGGCUCAGUCUGGUAAACACUGAGGGGGGGGGCCGAGCCGUCUCAUUAUUGUUUGCCCCCAUCGGUGUGCAGUGAGGUUUUAACGACUGACAAAAACAUUUUUCUUUGGUCAGUGUGAUAAACUGUUGUAAAUUGCCUGAUCCAGCAGCUUCCAGGUUACAUUAUUUGUCAUGAAGGUUCCCUCUGAAUUAUUAUGACUGUGGCAUCUAGAAUAGAUAGAGUGGACUGUUUAUUAGAUCCUUGUUCUCCAUCAUUAUAACAAAUACAGAUUAACAGCUCACGCAUGCAUGUUGUGCCAAGGUUUGUGGAGCUACACACCUCCAAGGCCAGCAGGUCAUGUUGCUUCUCUGCAUGUCAGUAAUUUGAUAAGAGCAGUCUCCGGGCAACCAGUGCUUACUGCUUCAUUAUACCUGACGGGACAUCUAUGACGUGCUCUUUCAAACGCACACAUAAGACACACACACACACUCUGCUGUGUUGAGCUUCUGCCCUGGCAAUGAUGGCAACUCUUUUGGAUCCCCACAAGCACUUCUCUGCAGAGCAGCAUGCCAUCAGACGGCUGGACGCUGGACCGGAAACUGGUGUUGCCGACCAGCCUUUCGCUCCAUGUCACCCCCGUGCUGAGCGCGUCAACCCGGCUCCUUCACGAGACGACGUCCCACUGCUGGAUCCUUGCUGCGGUCACCUGAGCGCUGGAGCCGAGGUGUACCUGGGGGUCAGGGCUCGACCCAGAUUCAUAGAUGUUCCGCAUGUGGCCUCUGCCCUGUGGGUUCCUCCGGGUUUCAAGGAGACGCCACUCGCGGCUGCAAACCCCUCUGGGAUCUGCGCCGACCUGAGGGAAGACAAGGCCUGGAACUCCAGGGGGAUCCCUGAUGCAGUGUUGAGAGCAAGACUCAGUGGUUCGACUGAUCCUGUUCCAUCACACUCACACGCAAUGUCGCUUAACGGAUUCCCCUUUAAACACGCGGGAACUCAGGAUUCCUUCUCUUGUGAUACGAGGCCACGGAGAAGCAACUCUCUGGCAGUUCUGCGCUACAGAUACACUUCUGCAACACAGAGGGGUUAUGAGGAAGUUUGUUGGGAUUCAAAAUUACCUCCGCGCUUGAAGGCACCAGACAGCACCCUUGAGAAAUUGACCGACCCAGUGAGUGAGCUGACCUCAUGGAGGCGCUGCGGGGGUCGACCUCGGCGGGGGCCGGUGAGCCAUGGACAGCAAACGGUGACAAACUCUGCCCAGGCUGCAGCUCGGUGCUUUUCUUUCUCUGCAGCUGUGGGAUUUCAGAGGUUUAAACUCAAUCACAAGCGAAAGAAGGAAAUUCUCCGCAGUAGUGGAACUGCUGUGCUGGAGUUAUUAGGCAGUGGGUGGUUUUCAAGAAAAAAUCAAUUUAAUUGUGUUAUCUGAAUAUAAUUAAGGUUAGAUUAAAAAAAGGAAUUGCUGUUUUCUUCUAUAAUUAAAAUUAAAUAUUUGAUGCGAGUGAAAGGUAUAAAAGAGACAUUCCAUUAUGUUUGAAAUGAGUUCCAGCUCAUCUUGUAUUAUUUGUGCUGCGCAUCAAUAUGCCUCUUGUGCCUUUAUGGUCUGCAAUUCUAAUCAUAUACACCUACGGGUCGAAUUCACGGAAUUUGUUGUUUCAGGGUGGUAGUUGAAUUCCCAUCACGCCGUUCUCCUCACUCAGGGGCCUCCCUCACCACGGCAACACUGCUGUAGGAUCAAUGUCAGGCGGCUGGGGGCACCGAGGCUCUGCUCUCUGCGGGUCGUGUUACUGCACUUACCACAGUUUCACAAGCGUCUGGAGAGCUGUUGUUCAAGUAAUGUUCAAAUGCGAAAGGUCUCUCUGGAGCCAUUGUUUGGUUGGUCCUCUCUGGGCUACAGAAACAUGGCGGACUACAUGAAGAUGACCAAUUAACUUUGUAGAAAUGAAUGGAACUUUAUAUUUACACACACAUAUAUAUAUUAUUCCAUUUCUUCCAGUAAAUCCCCUGAAAUGAAAACACACUGGCUCUUUUAAAAAAUUCAGCACAUGCUCAGGUUUAACCUGACCCACAAUUAAAACAGCAUAAAAAUUGUAGCAAGCAGUAUAAGUCUUUUACUAUUUUACGUUUUUCCUACUGCCAACAAUAUGUUGCAACUGCUCUCAGCGAGCUGCUUUCAUGGAACUGCUGUUUCAUGUUGCUCGGGUCGUCUUUUCUGACAAUCAUCAGAGCUGCUGUAGCUGCUUUCAGUAGCAGCCCUGAGUGCAUUGGCUAAUUAUUUUUCAUACACUUGGAUUUCGUUAUUUCAUGCGUUUCAACUUCUUCGUGACAGCCACAAAGGAACCACGCUGGGGCGUUCGGCCCUCUAAACUGGGACACAACACAGCCCUCUGUCUGUGUUGUGUGCGUAUGUUUGAGUUUCUUUCUCACUGCAUUGGCCCAGUUUACGUCGCACCCCUCCGGAUAACUACUAAUAAAUACUUGCAAAGCACGCACUCGGACCUCGCUGUAGCUUAUUUCUCGGCGCCACAGGCUUCCAUAGAUCAGAAACUGUUAAAACACUUCAAUGAGCCGAGCUGUUGAGUGAAAUGCUCUUUCAUAACUACGACCAUAUUAUAGUUACCGACAGUGAAAUGCUCUUUCACAACUAAGAGCAUUUCACCGUUGGUAAUUCUGACUCCAUCCCCCGCACACCGUCCUCCGGCUGUUACUCUUCAAACAGAGUGAAAACGUGUAUUAAUCAGCGACUGAAAGCAGUCCCCUACGAAAUGCCUUAUCAGAAUCAGAAGCCGUUUAUUACCACGUAUAUUACAGGUACUGGAAUUUGUUGUGGUGAUUGGUUCUUCCAGUCGGAGUUGGGUACGUGCGGCUGGGAGAGAGUUUGUCCUGCAGUAUAGAGACGGGAUAAUUGUGUUGAAUGCAGAGCUGAAGUCCACAAACAGGAUCCUGGUGUAGGUUUCUGGGGAGUCCAGAUGCUGGAGGAGGAAGUGGAGGGCCAUGUCGACAGACCUGUUGGUUCUGUAGGCGAACUGCAGGGGGCCCUUGUCCCUUAAACUCCCGAUGGCUGAGGUCUCCUUUCUUAAAGUCCCGGAGGACAAUGAUUGAACAGUGUCCACUGUGCGUUGGCAUGUGGAGGCAUGAAAACACCAACCAGUGUGAAUGAAGCGAACUCACGGGGGGAGUAGAAGGGUUCAUAAUAAUAAUAAUAAUAAAGAUGAUAUUUAGAUAGAUUUCAGAUGCGGAGAAAAGUUUUGUUGUAUCAUUUAUUUAUUUGACCUUUAUUUUACCGGGUAAAGUCAAUUGAGAACCAAUUCUCUUUUACAAUGAUGACCUGGCCAAAGGCAGCAGCACAGUGACACAGGUGACACAAACUGUCACGGUGUGGUUUUAUUUCCUGUCUUAUUUUGUAGUUUUCUGCCUCUCGUGUCCCCGGGUAACUUCAC